ACAGUGAAUGAGACACAGGCCAGGACAGUUGAAAGCUCCUGCCAUUACUCAUCGGAAGUUAGUUCCUCACGAUCGACACUUGCCUUCCCUUUUGGUCUUUUCCCCUUCCAUCAACACCUCACCUCAUUCUCUGCGCUUCACUCCUCGGGUUGAAAGAGAAUAAGAUGUAUCUUACUCUCAAAACUUUUAUCACUGUACAUACAGCUUGAUGGAUUAGCUGCUUUAAACACCGUGGCCGAUGACCAGCGAGUUGACCGAUGAGACGCAUUUCCAUGCCUUGAAGGCGACGCUUUACCCGUCCGUUGACGAUACUUUGGCGAAGCUCACUCGGAUUGAUCUGCCGGCCCCGGCCACAGAAGAUGUCAUGGCAUCCGGCCAGCAGCUGGAGCAAUCUCGCGUCCCUGGGUGCAUCCUACUGAACUGUACCACGAUUUAAUUACUCGGUCAGAUGUUCGUCACUGGCCGGUCGGGGCCGACAUUUUUCAUAUGGGUUGUUGCCGGCUCUUAUCUACGGCCAAGUCUACGCGUUCCGCGUCUGGUUUGCUGUUGGGAUACCCUCAGAAAAAGCUCGCAAGGCUGUCUGAGCACACCCCAUCAUAUUCUUUACCUCAAUGUCUUUGACCACUUCGGUCUCUCUACUGGACAUUCUUGGUGGUGUGGGUUAUUACGCAAUGUUUACAUUCGUCUCUGAUCGUGCUGUUGAAAAUACAGAAUUCAACCAAAUUUGUCCAGCGACCUCUGUAUCUCAAGUAUUUCUAGGUUUCCAUAAUUGAUACUGGUCGUUGCGACAAUUCUGAUGCUUCCUGCUUUUUUAUACGAUUGAAAUGCUACAGCCCUCUGCAAACCAGCCCAGGUAUUAGCUGCGUGCAUGACCGC